AUGACAGCAAGUCAUUCAAUACCAGUACUUAUGCGUGUACUUUCGGCAUCAUUAACAUUAGCAAAACGAGCUGGUCAAUUAAUAAAAGAUGUACAAAUGUCUGGUAGUCUUGAUAUUGUUGAUAAAGUACUGUAGGUCUUUUUCUAUUUUAUUAUUUCAUUUUUUUUU